AUGGAGGGUUUGAUCUUUUCCUUUGCUCUUUCAAUCUUGUUAUUAAGUAGCUUUACCCUCUCUUUUGACACCGACCAAAAUGCACUUCUUUCCUUCAAAAACUCCAUUAUUUCUCACGCUGCUUUGCGUAAAAAUUGGUCGGAAUAUACACCCGUUUGUAAUUGGAUUGGUGUGUCGUGCGGCCUCAAACACCACCGCGUCACUGCUCUCAAUCUCUCUGGCUAUAGCCUUGGUGGAACUGUCGCUCCGCAUCUCGGAAACUUAACGUUUCUGAGAUAUUUGGACAUUAGUAACAACAGUUUCACGGGCAGCUUACCCUCUAAGCUCUCUAAACUGCAUUGUUUGAGGGUGAUGAAUGUGGGAGUAAAUUCAUUAACCGGAGAAAUACCAACAUGGUUGGGCAAUUUACCUCAACUAGAGGAACUCUAUUUACAUAGUAAUAAGUUGAGUGGUUCCAUACCACAUGCUAUUUUCAACGUGUCUUCAAUUAGAGAAAUUGAAAUUGAAAAAAAUAGCCUAUCAGGUUUGCUUCCAAGUGAUAUUUGCAAUAAUAUGCCCAAUAUCAAAAUAUUGUCGCUUGCUCAUAAUCGAAUUGGAGGGAAAAUUCCGUCUAAUAUAUGGAAAUGCACACAUCUUGAGAAGUUGUCAUUAUCCUACAACGAUUUCAGUGGCAAUAUUCCACGUGAAAUUGGAAGACUGAGCUUGCUUACAAAUUUGUCAUUGGGGUACAAUAAUUUUUUUGGAGGAGGGGUUCCACGAGAAAUUGGGAAUCUCACAAGACUAGAGAUAUUAAGCAUUGACCGUGCUUCUCUAACCGGUGAAAUUCCAUCUUUAAUCUUCAACGUUUCUUCCUUGAGAGUCGUGAAUUUAGCCGACAAUAGAUUGUCAGGUAAAUUACCACAGGAGAUUGGCACUCUGCCAAGACUCGAGUUUUUCUCGGUGUAUAACAAUUCUUUACAUGGAUCCAUCCCAUCUUCAAUAUUCAACAUAUCAACAUUGAAGGAUUUAGAGGUUUCAUUCAAUAAGUUUUCUGGUACUCUUCCUCCAGACAUAGGUUGUUCACUUAUUAAUCUUGAAGUCCUUUUUGUGAGUUAUAACAGACUCCAUGGUCCAAUUCCUAUCUCAAUGACCAAUUUUUCUAAACUCACACACUUGGACAUGUCUGGCAACUCAUUUAGCGGCUUCAUACCACACUUUGGUAACUUGAACCACCUAAUAUGUCUUCUCCUUUUGGAUAAUUAUUUGAGUGGAGCAGAAUUCCCAACCCAAGAAUUGACAUUUCUCUCUUCAUUAACGAGUUGUCGAUAUUUGGAUCGGUUGGGAUUCUCGGGUAAUCCACUUAGUGGCAUCCUACCCUCUUCACUUGGUAACUUUUCUUCUUCUCUUAGAACUUUUGAAGCAGCAAACAUUAACAUCAAGGGUGUCAUUCCUUCUCAAGUAGGAAACUUAAGUGGUUUGCUAUACAUUUAUUUGGAAGGGAAUCAACUGAGUGGACCAAUUCCACCAACAAUUGGGAAAUUGAAGAAACUCCAGAUCAUAAAUCUUAGUGGCAAUCAAUUGGUAGGGUCUAUCCCUAACAAUGUUUGCAAAAUGAACAAUUUGGGGAUAUUGAACAUCUCUAGUAACAUGCUUGAGGGUGCAAUACCUGAAUGUUUAGGUGAUGUUAAAUCCUUGAGAGAGAUCUACUUAGGUUCCAACAAGUUGAAUUCAGCCAUCCCUCCCAAGUUGUGGUCUCUUAAAGAUCUCAUUGUUCUGAAUUUGUCCUCUAAUUCCUUGAAUGGUCUAUUGACAUAUCAGCUUGGCAAUUUAAAGUUAAUAAACUCCUUGGAUUUGUCUUUGAAUCAAUUUUCAGGCCUAAUUCCUAGCUCAAUUGAUGGUUGUGAAUCUUUAGAAUAUCUUGACUUGUCAAAUAAUAUGUUUAGUGGAUCCAUUCCUCAUUCCUUGGGAGAGGUUAAGGGUUUGAUAAGAUUGGAUUUGUCUUACAAUAAUCUUACCGGAUCAAUACCCAAGUCCUUGGAAGAGCUUCGUUAUCUUGAAAACUUUAAUGUUUCCAACAAUGCACUAGAGGGGAAAAUUCCGGAUGGGGGUCGUUUUCGUAACUUUAGUUCGUUGUCAUUUUCCCACAACUUAGCUCUUUGUGGUUCAAUAACAUUUCAAGUUCCACCCUGCUCGGAAAAUAAUCAUAAAUCAUGGUUGAAGAAACUUGUGGUGCCAUCGGUUAUUUUAGCUAUCGUCGUGGUUUGUGUAAUGCUUGUUCUCGUGUGCAUGCACAAACGGAAAAAAGUAGCUGACAUUUCACUAGGAACUACUGAACGCAGAAGAAUUUCUUACAACGAACUUGAACGAGGAACAAGUUCAUUUAGUGAAACCAACCUACUUGGAAGAGGUAGUUUUGGUUCUGUAUUCGAAGCAACACUUUUUGAUGGGUUAAAAGUUGCAGUGAAAGUAUUCCACUUGGAACUACAAGGAGCGGAAAGGAGCUUUGAAGUGGAAACUGCUAUAUUAAGAAACAUUCGACACAGAAACUUAGUUCGAGUUAUUGGAUGUUGUUGUAAUAUGGAGUUUAAAGCAUUGAUUCUAGUAUACAUGCCAAAUAAAAGUUUGGAUAAAUGGUUACAUUCGGAUAAUUAUGGUUUGGAUCUUAUACAGAGACUGAAAAUAGCAAUAGAUGUUGCGGCCGCCUUGGAAUAUCUUCACCAUUACUACACAUUCCCAGUUGUUCAUUGUGAUAUAAAGCCAACUUUUUGA